AGUUCGCGGCGCAACACCAAUCUGACGACAAAAUAUGCCGGCAAAAAUUUUUAGCUUAUCCAUAUCAAUAUUUUGGCUAUGUCCAGCCAACAUUACAAGUGUUAUCAGCACCACAGGAAGGCCAUGUGCAUUGAUUCUUCUCUUAUACGGCGUAUAAGAACUUUCUUUCUCUACGUUCUGCAUGAAUAUAUUGCUCGUACGUCCAUCUGCCAAAUUUGUGCUUACUCAAGAAUAACGUUAUCUAUGACUGCAGUCUGCAGUUAAUGAUAUGCUGAGAAAACUGCCGAUAUUAUUAUUAGCCUUCCAGGUUUCCCUUUAAUCGGUCCCGGCCCUGUUUUACAGCACUGUCGGUGUGUCAUCGAGUGUUUAUUAAUUUAUGUAUUUAUGCAUCGAGUUCGUGAAUUCAUCUGGGCAUUAUGUAACGGGAGAAACUGUGUCGCGAUUUGGCCUAAUUUCCGAAUCGACCGGUGCCGGUAGCCGCCGUGAUCCCUUGACGUUGAUCAUUUUGCAGAAAGCUUACCGUCAUGUCGACGAUCUCCAUUCCAGUACGAUGCAUUAGUGUGAUUAUUGGAUUAUGUUUGUAUGGGAUGAAAUGUGACGAUCACUUGCAGCCGGAAAAGAUUGAUACGAUUCCCUGUGAGAGUGAGCUAUUCUGCGAUGGCCGUUUCCUUCACGCUAUCCAGCUAUCGGGCAUGUUCAGUGAUUCAAAGGAAUUCGUCGAUCGACCACUGCGUGUGGACGCCAAUGUCGUUAUCAAUGAAUUCACCCGGCUCAUGGGACGGGACAAGAAGAUCGUCCCACAAAACCUUAUUCCCCAGAUGAAGAAUCUGGUGGACAGCUAUUUUUUACCGGUGGGCAGCGAUGUAGAGGAAGCGUCGCUGUUGGACUGGCAGGAAGAUGUGCCACUUGUUCGCCGGCUACGCGAUCGUCAUUUACGAAACUGGGCGGCUGAACUGCAUGGGAAAUGGAAGGAGUUCGGACGCAAAUUUCCAAAACAAACAGAGGGUAUGGCUAACCAAAAGGACGCUCUUAUCGCACCGUUGGCAUCCAAACGUUUUUUUAUCGUUCACAUCGAAAUGUUAAUAUGGAUGUGGUGGCUGUCGAGUUUUUUUCUCGCGUGCGCUGGCUCAAGUGUGCACGAAGAAUUGCGGUUUACCAGCACAGCGGUUGUAAUCGCAUGUGGACAACGUCAGCGCGCGGAUAUUUCGCAUGGGUGUCAAGUGCGCAGAGUGUGGCCCCUCAUUAAUCACAACAACACCGGCCAGAGUGUCAUUGAUCAUCCGCAUCGCCAUUCCCUAAUUGCUCUGCCGUAUCCCUUCAUCUCCCCCGGCGAGGUGACGGGGCGUUUCCGUGAGCAGCACUACUGGGAUGCCUACUGGAUUAUCCAUGGUCUCCUCAUUUCCGGCAUGAAUCAAACGGCCAGAGGCAUGAUUCUCAACUUCGCCUCCCUGGUUGACAGAUUUGGCUAUGUUCCAAUUGGAAACCGGGUGUACUAUCAAAAUCGUCCUCAAAUGCCGAUAUUAGCCGUAAUGGUCCGCUUGUACUGGUCGCACAAUGUCCACGACGCGGAGGCGUUAAUCAAAGAGACACUGCCGGCCAUUGAACGGGAGUAUGAUUACUGGAUGACCUUCCGUGCUGUGGACAUAACAACGGCUGACGGAAGGAAGUUUACAUUGAAUCGGUACAAGGGAUCCGUCACAAAACCGCGGCCGGAAUCUUAUCGGGAAGAUCUGGAAACGGCGCGGUCACUGCGUAAUCGAUCACUGCCAGGCGUGGAGGACAAGCUCUUUGCCAACAUCGCCGCGGCUAGCGCCAGUGGAUGGGAAUUUUCAUCGCGCUGGCUCGAUGGACCCGAUAAAGCAUUAAGUGAAUUACGCGCCGAAGAUAUUGUUCCGGUUGAUCUGAACGCGAUGAUGUGUUUAACGGAAGAGCAUAUGGCCACUUUCUACAAGCUUGCAGGUGUUGACAGCAAGUCCACAGCAUACAUGACCAAAGCCAGCCAGCGCGGUGACGCCAUACAGGCAGUUCUCUGGAACGAUGCGAUCAAGAUGUGGCGUGAUUAUGAUCUGCGCACUCGCAAACACCGGAAGGGAUUCUAUUUAAGCAGCAUUACGCCACUCUUCGCAUCCUGCGGCUCACGCACGCUGGAUCUCAUGGAUACGCACUUCUUACGUGAUCUUCUGGCGUCGCGCGAUAUUAAAAAAGCUUUGUCGUACCCGGGAGGCAUGCCGGUGUCAUUUGUCGACAGUCGCGAUGCCUGUCACAGCUGCCAGUGGGAUUUCCCUAAUAUGUGGCCCACCAUGCAAUUAAUGCUCAUCGAAGCCGUUGCGCGCAAUUCCGAGAUGCGCGAGGAAGCCGCCAACUGGGCACAGAAUCUGAUCAAUGCCAUUCACGGUGGUUAUAUGAGGCAUGGAUUGAUGUUUCAAAAUUAUAACGUUAAUCAAAGUGGAUAUUAUGGUCGCGGUGGUGAAUACGUGGUGCAAAGCGGCUACGCAGCAACCAACGGUGCCAUCCUGCGCUUGCUGGAACUUUUUCCCAACAUCCUGCACGAUGGAAAUAACAACGAAAUCUUAGAUAAAGAUGAGAAGCAAGACUUGGACGAUCAUCCCCGGCCACAGCCGCACGCUCAACCCAGUAUCAACGAGAACAAUAACGGGCUGGCUUCGUCCGAUCAACCGGCGAUUGAUACGGGCGAAACAUUCCAGUUCCUAGCUCAAAUGCACACUGUCGAUCCCAUGGGAAGUGACCACAGUCAAGACAAAGUCCUGGAACAUGACAAGAGACAACACGACCAGCGAUCCGAUAAUGCGCACUACGAAUCUCCCUUGCCCUCCAAAAGGGUCAGAGACAACCCAGGAAACAAUGUCGGAUGUGUCAUUGCUGCUCGAUUUAUGUACACAGCCUCGAUUCUCCUAAUCCUUGUGAUAAUACAUGAUUUUUACUAGCGACUGACCACUGAAGAAUUUUUGGCAAUUUGAACGAAAAGGUUUUAUAGCGAUGUUUAUUGUUCACUAUUUACGUAAUAACGGUAAACUGGUAUAUUUUUGUUUUGUUAUAAUUAAUUGUUAUUUUGAUCGAUAAAGGUUUUUGCCAAUUUUGUAGUCGUAUACUGCCAAUAACUUAUCAGUACGGUGCGCCCAACUGCUCAUUUCGAUAACGGCAAACCAAUAAACA